AUGCCGUCAAGGAGACGUCCUGAAGCCCGUGAUGCCCCAGUAGAGGAGGUACAUAGACGUGAUGAAGUCGCACAGCUACGUCAACAAGUGGAAUUGUUGACGCGGCAGAUCGCUGCGCUUAUGCCGCAGCAGCCUACGCCUACGGGUCAACAGCUUGGGGAUUUCGAUAAUGAGAAUCCAUUUGCACUGCUUGAACAGCCAUUGGAUCUGCCAGUUCACCGGAGAAGGGGUGGUCAGGAAGACAACCGACGUUGGGAAUCAGGAUUUAAGGUGGAUAUUCCAGAAUUUCAUGGUGGGUUGAGUCCAGAGGAAUUCUUGGAUUGGGUGACUGCAGUGAAGAAGGUCUUGGAGUUUAAAGAGGUUCAUGCCGAUAAAUGUGUGCCUCUCGUUGCAACGAGGCUUCGUGGGCGAGCAGCCGCGUGGUGGCAACAGACUAAGGUGACAAGAUCGAGGCUAGGGAAACCUAAGCUUGCAUCGUGGGACAAAUUGAAGAAACAAUUUCUGCCUUACAAUUAUGUACGGACCAUGUACCAACAACUGCAGAAUCUGCGUCAAGGUGGGAAAACGGUUAGUGACUAUACCACGAAUUUUUAUAUGUUGAUUACGAGGAACGAGAUGAUGGAGACGGAGGAGCAGUUGGUGUCACGGUACGUGGGUGGUCUUCGUCCCCAAAUACAGGAUACUCUCAAUAUGUUUGAUCCUAUAACAGUUUCUGAAGCACAUCAAAGGGUGGCACGUCUUGAUAAUCCUGCUCAAUCUGGUCCUCCUAGAACAAAUCCUGCCCAACAACCAACACGUCCUGUGGUUGGUAUUCGUUGUUUUGGAUGCGAAGUUACAGGCCACAGGCAGUCUGAGUGCCCAAAGAAUCCGCGCAAGGGACUCUUUGUUGAUGAGGGAAAUGGCGAUUAUGAAGGUCCGCCUGUAUUUGACGGUGAGGGCGGAGAAGAAGCAACAGAAGAAGAAGAGUUUGUGGUUGGUGAUGUGGGUCAGGCACUGGUGGUGAGGAGGAAUUUCCUGACUCCUUUGGAGAAUAACACUGAUUGGUUGCAUAAUAAUAUCUUUCAAUCAACAUGUACUGUUGGAGGGAAGGUGUGCAAAUUUGUUAUUGAUUCUGGUAGUUGCGAGAAUGUGGUAGCUGAGGAGGUCGUUAAGAAGCUGGGUUUGCAGACUGAGAAACAUCCCAAACCUUAUAAAUUAGCCUGGCUGAAAAGAGGCAAUGACGUAGAAGUGUCUCAACGUGCUAGAAUCAGCUUCUCCAUCGGACCUACCUACAAGGAUCAGGUCUCAUGUGAUGUAGUAGAGAUGGAUGCAUGUCAUUUACUAUUAGGGAGGCCGUGGCAGUUUGACAGGCACUCACUGCAUGAUGGAUAUACCAACACGUACAGCUUUCUGUUUGGGGGAAAGAAAAUUGCGUUACUACCGGAUAAGGGUUCAGUACAGGCAGUCGAGAACAAUGCCAAUUUACUGACCAGAAAGAAGUUCGAGACAGAGAUGGAGGAGUCUGGGGUAGUGUAUGUGCUGAUUGGAAAGUCGAUUGACAGUGAGCAUGAAGUCCCUCUCGCAGUUCAGCCAUUGCUAAAGGAGUUUCAUGAAGUUUUCCCAGAAGAGCCUCCUGAUGGACUACCACCACUGUGGGAUAUUCAGCAUCAGAUUGACUUGGUGCCUGGAGCUGCCCUACCUAACCGAGCGCAUUACAGAAUGAGCCCCACUGAGCAUGAAGAGUUGCGCAGGCAAGUUGAGGAGCUUCUGGCAAAAGGACACAUCAGGGAGAGUCUUAGUCCCUGUGUUGUUCCUGCUCUUCUCACACCGAAGAAGGAUGGCACGUGGCGCAUGUGCGUGGAUAGUAGGGCAAUCAAUAAGAUUACGGUGCAUUACCGCUUUCCUAUUCCCCACCUAGAUGACUUAUUGGAUCAGCUUACCGGUGCUUGUGUGUUUAGCAAGCUUGAUUUGAAGAGUGGGUACCAUCAGAUUCGGAUCAGACGUGGGGAUAAAUGGAAGACCGCAUUUAAGACGAGGGAAAGAUUGUACGAGUGGUUAGUCAUGCCCUUUGGCCUCUCAAAUGCGCCCAGUACAUUUAUGCGGGUUAUGAAUCAAGCUCUUCGCCCAUUCAUCGGUAAAUUUGUUGUGGUCUACUUUGAUGAUAUUUUAAUUUAUAAUGCUAGUGAUGAUGAACAUGUUCGGCACCUUCGGGAAGUUCUUUCAGUUCUUCGCAGGGAUAAAUUCUAUGCUGAAGUGAAGAAGUGUUCCUUUCUCACUGAUAAUGUGGCGUUCCUGGGUUAUUGGUGUCGAAGGUGGGGUUAG